AAGCAGUGUGUUGUUAAUAUAUUAGUUAAAUACGUUUGAUUAAGUUAAUAUAUAAGGCUGUUAGCUCGAACUAUUUGAAAGGGCAAUGAUGGCUGCAGAUUUAACAGAAUUUAAGCCAAACUUGGUGGUCUCAAUAGAUUUUGGAACCAGCGGAUCUGGAUUUGCCUUUCAAAUGAGAAAAGAUUAUGAACAAUCAAAGACAUCUAAUAUCUAUGACAAUAAUGACUGGGGACAAGCAGUCAGAAGAAUCAAAACUUCCACUUGUCUGCUAAUAAAGCCUGACCUUCAGUGUAAAGAAAAUACGGUAGCCUACUUUGGAGAAAAUGCUGAAAAUGAGUACAUUGGUUUAGAAGGUGACCUCGAGGAAUGGUACUUUUUUAGGCACUUCAAGAUGCAGCUAUACGAAAAACAGACAAUACACAGCAACAUGAUGAUUAGAGGAGACAAAGGUAAAGAAUUACCAGCCUAUUAUGUGUUUGGACAAUCAAUACGGUGCAUAAAACAGAAUGUUUUGACAUACAUUGGACAAUGGAACGAAGCUUAUUUGAAUGAAACAAUCAAGUGGGUGAUAACUGUUCCUGCAAUAUGGUCUGAAGGUGCAAAACAGAUAAUGAGGAAAGCAGCAGAAGAGGCCGGCAUUCCUCAUGAGCUAACCUCCAUAGCACUGGAACCGGAGGCGGCUGGAAUUUACUGUGCAGAAUCGGAUGCGAAACUUUCUGAGGAACUUAAUAACGGCAAACCUUAUGUCAUUGUAGAUAUGGGAGGAGGUACAGUCGAUAUAACGACACUUCUUGUAGCUGAAAAAGGAAAAUUUAUUCAACUCCAACCGGCGAGUGGCUGUGAUGCUGGCGGAGAGAUGGUAAACGCAAAAAUGUAUGAACUGAUAUCCGAUAUUUUCGGAGAAGAAAUAUGGAGAUUUUUUUCAGAUGAACAGUCGUUUUGCUUUGUAGAAUUCCGGAGAUCUGUAGAGGCCGCUAAAUUAUCGAUUACAGCAAAUAAAACUGACCCUAAAAAGGACUUUUUUUAUUUGAAUUUAUCGGCCGAAAUAUUAUCAGCCUUCGCAGAAGGGAAAGGUUGUUCAAUUACACAGGCUAUCAGAUUAAGUGGGAAUAAAAGAAUUGAAGUGAAGAAAGGUCGACUGAAGGUUGAAUCAGAUGUUUUGCGCGAAAUCAUGGAUGAAACAAUUCAGAAAGUGAAGAGUCAUGUCAUACAAGAGAUAGAUGAUUUGCAGAAAAUUGGCCAUGAAAUUUGUACAGUCGUUCUUGUUGGUGGGUUUGCAUCUUCGAAAUUUGCUUUCGAAAAGAUUAAAGAAUAUGUACAAAAAGAAAAGCCUAGGAUAGAUGUGCGGAGACCGCCUUACAGCAACAUAGCAGUAAUGAAUGGUGCAGUGAUGUAUGGACAAGACGAAUCUAUCUUGGUAUCAAGAUCAUUACAGAUGACCUACGGAAUAAGAGCAACGCGUUUAUACAACAAAGAUUUUCCAGCGGAAAGAAAAGUAGAGAUAAAUGGAAAAGCGUAUGUCAAAAAUAUCUUCUCAGUACAUGCCCAUCGUGGACAAGAUGUAAAAAGAGAUGAAUGGAUAUCGCAUACCGGUUACUUUCCUGUCACUGGCGACCAGAAGAAGGCGGUACUUCAGUUAGUCGCUUCCAAGGAAAAAUAUCCAAAAUAUACAGACGAAGAAGGUUGCUUUGAUAUAGGCCAUUAUACAAUCGAGUUUAGUGCUGAUAAAUUCCAGCAUAAUUGUACGGACAUCUCAUUUAGUUUUGGCACAACUGAAAUGAAAAUAAGAGCCCGCAACACGACAACAAAAUAUGAAAUUAUAGAACGAGUCGUUCUUACAGAGAGCAGUAUUUAGAGAUUCACACACGACUUCAUCAGGACACGAUAGACAAUACGUUUUACUAAACUUCUCCAUAUAUAAAAAUAACAUUAAUUUUCAAAUCACGUUUCAUAUUGAUACUGUUGCAAUUAACAUUUGUUUAUAAAGAUGAUUUACAGAGUAUACUCUUUCUAAAAAUUAUGAUCUAUUAAAAUUAACUCAUUUUGACUCAUAUUUGUUGUUUCAAACGAUGAUAUGCUUUAGACAUGAUGACAAACAUGUUGUUGAAUUUUGCUAAUAUUUUCGUUUUUGCUUUGUACUUCUCAUAAUUGUUGUA